CUCUCUAUCUCUCUCCACCGCCAUGGAUUCCUCCUAUGGCGUCACAAAGCUCCUUCUCCUCCUCUUCCUCACCACCUCCAUUGCCACCGCAUUACCCGAUAACAAACCCGUAUCGGGUCAAAUAAACUCAAACUCAGUCCUCGUAGCUCUCCUCGACUCUCACUACACAGAGCUAGCUGAACUAGUCGAGAAAGCCCUCCUUCUCCAAACCCUCGAAGAAGCAGUUGGUAAACACAACAUCACAAUCUUCGCACCACGCAACGAUGCCUUGGAACGAAACUUAGACCCACUCUUCAAAUCUUUCUUGCUUGAACCAAGAAACCUCAAAUCUUUGCAAUCUUUAUUAAUGUUUCACAUUCUUCCUAAACGAAUCUCUUCUCCUCAAUGGCCUUCUCUUUCUCAUCACCACCGUACUCUCUCCAACGACCAUCUCCACCUCACCGUCGACGUCAACACUUUAAAAGUAGACUCCGCUGAGAUUAUCCGACCCGAUGACGUCAUUAGACCCGAUGGUAUCAUUCACGGCAUCGAACGUCUUCUCAUACCUCGCUCUGUUCAAGAAGAUUUCAACCGCCGUCGUAGUCUCCGCUCAAUCUCCGCCGUUAUACCAGAAGGAGCUCCUGAAGUUGACCCAAGAACUCACCGUCUCAAGAAACCAGCUCCCGCCGUCCCCGCCGGAGCUCCACCGGUUCUUCCAAUCUACGACGCUAUGUCACCAGGUCCUUCCCUAGCUCCGGCUCCAGCUCCCGGACCCGGUGGUCCACGUGGCCAUUUCAACGGCGAGGCUCAAGUCAAGGAUUUCAUCCACACUCUCUUGCAUUACGGUGGCUACAACGAGAUGGCUGAUAUACUCGUCAAUUUAACAUCUUUAGCCACUGAGAUGGGUCGUCUUGUCUCUGAAGGCUACGUUUUAACCGUUCUAGCUCCCAACGACGAAGCCAUGGCUAAGCUCACAACGGACCAGCUUAGCGAGCCAGGUGCUCCUGAACAGAUUAUGUAUUACCACAUCAUACCGGAGUAUCAAACAGAGGAGAGUAUGUACAACGCUGUUCGGAGAUUUGGGAAAGUGAAGUACGAUUCAUUGAGAUUUCCACACAAAGUGUUAGCUCAAGAAGCUGAUGGAUCUGUCAAAUUCGGACACGGUGAUGGCUCAGCUUACUUGUUUGAUCCUGAUAUUUACACGGACGGUCGGAUUUCGGUUCAGGGUAUUGACGGAGUCUUGUUCCCGGCGGAGGAAACUCCGGCGACGGAGAUUAAACCGGCGGCUCCGGUCGUUAAGAAAGUUGCUAAAUCAAGAAGAGGUAAAUUGAUGGAGGUAGCUUGUAGAAUGAUGGGUUCACGGUUUAUUCCGUGUCAGUGAUUUCACACGUUAUCACAAAAGAAAACUCGAGCUUCCAA